UUACGAUCUUAUUUAUGAUCUUACGAUUUACGAUUUUAUCUUUUCUUUUCGAUUUUAAAUAAAAUCUCGAUUUUAAUAACCUUAGUUGAUACAGCAGUAAGGGGGUUGAAGGAGCGAGGAAUGGAUGCUAUCAAGUUGGAAGGAGGAUCACCUUCGAGAAUCAUUGCUGCCAGAGCCAUUGUUGAAGCUGGAAUUGCAGUCAUAGGACAUGUGGGACUUACUCCUCAGGCAAUUAGCGUGUUAGGGGGAUUUAGGCCUCAAGGGAAAAAUGUCUCCAGUGCUGUCAAGGUUGUGGAGACUGCACUGGCUUUGCAGGAAGCUGGAUGUUUCUCGGUUGUUUAGAAUGUGUUCCGCCACAUGUGGCUGCUGCAGCCACAUCUGCCCUUCGGAUUCCUACAGUUGGUAUUGGAGCUGGACCUUACUGUAGUGGACAGGUACUUGUUUACCAUGAUCUAUUGGGAAUGCUUCAACACCCGCAUCAUGCCAAGGUCACCCCAAAGUUCUGCAAGCAGUAUGCUCGUGUUGGAGAUGUCAUCAAUAAAGCCCUAUCCGAGUACAAGGAAGAAGUAACAAACGGCUGAUUUCCUGGUCCUGCUCACAGUCCUUAUAAAAUCAGUGCUGCUGAAGUGGAUGGGUUCUUAAACGAGUUAUAAAAGAUGGGAUUGGACAAGGCACAGCAUCUGCAGCAGCUGUCGCAGCCGAGAAGCUGGACACAAAAGAAUCACCUGCAAAUGACUGAAAAAGAAGCAUGUCUGGCAUAUGCCUCUCUUAGGUUUAAUCAAAUGACGAGAUGUUAGGUAGCGCACCAAUUUUCACUUGAAAUUGGUCUUGGUAUCUGAAAAAUGAACAAGGAGUGAAAGCAAAAUAUACAGCUUUCUUCAUUUUCGUCACAAAUUGUACUUGUUUAAUUUAGAAAAAAUAAAUGGCACCUCAAUGU